UGUACAGUACAUACGCAUCGCGCUUACACUGCGUCAAGAAAGUACGAAGAUAGUUAGUCGGGAGACUCGUCCGUCGUCUACACCUCGUCUGCUGCGCAAUGAAAAAGUGGCGGCCUAUAAUAAGCACUCUUUAUAUGUACGCAAGAAUCAAAGGGACAUCGAAGCGUCUUCAUCCCAGCAUAUGCAGAGGAGUUAUGCUGCGAAUAAGCCUGCGCAUACAUAAACACGGUGCUGCCGUACCCUGGAAUCGUGGCAUGCAGCUGGUCGAUCUGGAAGAAAGAAAGAAAGAAGAAGGUAAUCACAACGCUCUGCAAUGUCAUGUCCUGUACUCUGUACACGUGCAGAAAUUAGAAGGGAUGAGCAUUUUGAUCGGUGGAACUGGCCUAGCGACAUCUACGCACAAAUUAUUAUAUCGUUAGGCGACGAUAUCAGAAAGAGUGCGAGAUAAAAAACCCCCGGAAGACCCCCCCUUUGAACAAGUCUCUUCUUACUCAAAAGAAGAAGCAUAGAGGAACUGUGCUUUCCUCGACGGACAAACAGACAGACAGACAUAAUCAUAUAAAUCGUUUCAGAUUAAAACACUUACAACCGAACAUCCCAAACAACUCACCGUCCAAGAAGUCCCCAACAAUGAAAUUACCCCAGAUCUCCGUCAUCGCCCUCAUCCUCAGUGGCGUCGGCGUCCUCGCCUUUCCCUCGUCAGAUACCAAAAAUAGGAGGGAGGCAGCAGUUUGCUCGGGGGAUGGUGGGCCUUGUUACAUGGGGAACACAGACCCGGCCAGAGAUUGCUGUAAGGGGUUGAUGUGCGGUUUCGCUUUCGGAGAACAUGUAGGCACAUGCGGGCCGUCCCCUUUCGAAAAGCGUGACAACGAUAUCCAGGGAAUGCAGCAGCUUCAGAGCGAGUUGGAUAUCACGUCUCAGACAUGUAAAGAUCGAUAUUGCAUGAGCGAUGAGAGUUGCCCAUGCUCCGGAUGGUUCUGUAAAACCAAGGGCGGUUUCUGUACAAAAAGAAACAGCCCAACAUUACCGCAGAAGCGAGACGCCUUGCCCGGCCCCCAGAUGGACGAUGACAUGCCACCUCUCGGCAAGGAGAAACGUGCUGAUGGCUCGUGUGGCUAUAUGGGGGAGGAAUGCAUAAACCACGCCUCUUGCUGCCCUGGAUAUAGGUGUCGAGACAAUAAAGAGAGUGGCAAGAAGCUUUGUUCAUAUUUUUAA